GCAAAAGAAAAUAUUUGCAACCACUGGAAACGAAGCGUUUUGGUUUAGAACAAGAGAACAGAGAAUGAAUCUUCAUCGUGGAUCUUGUUGCUUCCUCUUACAUCUUCCUUUCCCUUCGAUUUAGGGUUUUCUGAUAUUCAAUUUCUCUUCGUUUCAUUAACGUUUACUCUCCAGGGAAUUGAAUACUUUGGUGCAUUUGAAUUUGAAUAGCAUGAGCAUGUGACGAAGAAAAAAUGCAGGACGAGGCACAAAUCUUGAUUGAUUUGAACACUCAACUUCAUUCAGAGACUGUUGUUUCUGUUCAAAAUGAGGAUCCUGGUGUUUCUUCAUCUCUUGUUAAUGCUGUCAUCAUGUCUCAGCAGCCAGUUCUGAAAAAACCAACAAGGCAGUGGGCUGCUUGGACUCGCCAAGAGGAAGAAAGCUUCUUCACCGCAUUGCGGCAAGUUGGGAAGAAUUUUGAGAAAAUCACUUCCCGUGUACAAAGUAAAAACAAGGAUCAGGUCAGGCAUUAUUACUAUCGUCUCGUGAGACGGAUGAACAAACUUCUUGGUCCAGGAUUAUGUCUGGAUGCCAAAAAUUCAAAAGAUACUAAUGCUGCAAUGCUUCGUUGGUGGUCUUUAUUGGAAAAGUAUAGCUGCAAAGCCUCAAAGCUUCACCUAAAGCCCCGAAGGUUUAAAAUAUUUCUAGAAGCCUUGGAGCACCAACUUUUGAAGGACCGAAAGAAGAAUGUAAGGAAGCGACCUUUGCAGGGUGGAAAUUGUCAGCCUUCUGCUCUAAACGCUGUCUCAAAUCAAGCUAGAGGAUCAGGAAAUGAUACCCGUGCAGUUAAAAUGAUUCUUGUCGACAGUCAAAAUAUUAUAAAACUUGGACCUUCAAAACCACCAUUGAAGCGCAAUGUGAACAUGGGUGUUAACCGUAGUAAUGCUAAGGGAGAUUCAAAUAACUCGAAACCUACAAGGCAGCGAAAGAAAUCAGUUUGUAACGUUUUUCUGUUAGGUAUAGCCACAUCAGCUGCAUAUAGAAAAUGGGAGAAGGCUGCAAUUGCUGGCGUCUCUUUAGUUGCAGAUGCUGCUGAGCAUUUGGAGCGAGCUGCCACUGUUAAAGAUGUUGAACAUGGCCAGGAGAAUCCAGGGGAAAAAUGCUCUGAACCUGUCGAUCAAGUUCUGUCCUCUUUACCGACAUUUCCACCAAAUCACUUUGUUGAUAACAAUGUGCAGAAUAUUAUGAAACUUAAGCUCCAAUUGUUCCCAAUUGAUGAACCCACUCGAAGAGCUUUGGAAAUGGAUAAGCAUAAUCCAUACUUGGAGCUUACGCUCAGUACACGAAAGAAGAUAUCAUCAAUUUUAGAACAUCUGAACCGUAAAUGGGGCAAUUCAAGCAUAGCAAUCGGAGAAUUGGUGCUUUUUCCUUAUGGUGUUCAAAAGGAAAACUUGAAUAAUUAUCAAAGAUGGAACCAGGAAUCUACUCUUAGUGCGGCAGAUAUAUAUGCAGUGAUAGGAAGUCCACCUAUAUUCCGUUUGAGGUAUGGUUGGUUCUCUAAUACUAAGCACGGGGCAUUAAAUAUGCAAGCACCUGUAGCAUCCAGCUGCUUGGCUAGACAAUCUAAAAAUGGUGGUGACAAUAUGAAGGAUCAAAUUGUGAAUUUGGCAUCACUUCCUAUACCAUCAACUAAUAAUUACUCCACGGAGUGUGCUGUAGAUUGCGGAACAUCCUUGAUCAAAACUGGUGCUCUUACCACUACUUCAACUUAUUUGUCUAAUGCUAGAGAUGACAGUACUUACCAGAAUACAAGCACUGAGGAACCUUGUGGACCUACAGCUUUUAUAUCAUUGCAUGGAAAAGAUGUUACAGAUGGAGCUGUGACUAGAAAGUUGGAGGACAUGGAUGAUUUAAAAUCAAACAGUGGAUCAGGCGUGUCAGCUGGUGAGUGGGCUGACAGCCUUACCAACAUCAGUGUGGGGGAUCUACUUUUAGGAGUGUCCCAAAAUCUCGAUGAUAACUGCAUCAAUCCUCUUAUUGGUGAGAAUUGUCACAGUGUUCAUCAAAUUCCUUUUAGUAGUGAUUCUUUUGAUGCUGCUAUAGCCGCUCACAUAUCUAAACACCAAGACAAGAUUGGACAAUCAACUAUGGCAUCUCAUAUGUCUUCCAUCUGGGAUGCUGAAGAAACACGUGAUGCUUUCUCAUUCAAAAAGGAUCCUAUUCUUCAUGAAAAUGGUCCUUGUUUAUCUUUCAUUGUUUCUUUAGAUUCAGAUAAAAAGGUUCCUGGAAGAAGCUUUGAGAAUUUGGAUAAGCUGUCACCUGAAAAAGAGAGCCUCGUGGAUGAUAUUGCUCAAACUGACCCAAUGGCUAUGGACAGUUGUGAGUCCGAUGCAGAUAUCCAGUAUCAGUUAGCAAAGGAUUUGACUGGGCUAGCAGAUAUGUAUUGGCCUGAUUCUUUGGGACCACUGGAUUUGAAUAUACCAUCUACCAAGUACGAUGGCGGUGAUCUAAUUUUAAGUGAUAGUCUUAGUGGGUUGAAUCGCUUGAUAGCCAGCAGCCUGGAUGCAUUCCAGAAUUGCUCCUUUUUUGGAAUUGACAAAAAGGAAACACCAUCGACAGUUGAGGCUCAAGAAACUGCCACUUUUUCAGAUUUUAAAAUUGGAAGUGGUAUUUGAGACUCUUUACAUGAUUGCUUCUCGGUAAUGUUUUCUGAUCUCGACAUAUUGUAGUUUGUCGUGAAUAACUUUUUUUUCUUCUUUAAACUAACUUGAGGUGUGCAUGCCGAGAAAAUGGUUUGAACCACUUCAACUCCUGAUGUAUAUGUUAAUCUAUUCUGGGUCACUUCCUUUUGUACAAAAAAUGGGCAUAGAAGGGUCUACAUUGUAUCUCUUUCAGCUUCUGUAUAAAUAUCCCUUUCCUAAGUAAACACGCCCUUUCUUUUAUUAUCAGCGUCUGUACAUUGUAUUUCUAAGAAGUCUUGCUACCCCAUGGCAUUGACCAUAUUUUUGAAGCUAGUGAACUUCUUUAACUGGUGCAUGCUGAUGGAAAACUAUGAAAUAUAUAUAUUAUCAACAAAACUAUAAAUUAUUUUAUUA